AUACUCUUUAUCUUGGUAUUCAAGAUCACGGCACGUAAGUUGCAAGACUAGAGCUUACCCCGACCUAUCAUAGGUAAUUUCUGACUACAUUUAGUAUCAGUAGCUGUUUAGAAAAUCACUCUCCUUCUUAAAGUACGUGUUCAUUCUGGAGGGUAUCUCAGUGUUUUAGGUGCUGAACUCCGACGGAAACGCAGACGAGGUCACACCUAAAACACUGAGCUAAAUCGCGCCCCUGAUUUUCAGCAAGAUGAGGUCGGCAAUUAAGUGAGCAGUGGCUAAAAAAACGUGCAUGUUGCUCCACUUUUUCAUCACCUACAACUACAGAAGCAAUCAAGAGUGACGCGUCUCCUCUGCAUGAUUGUAGAAAUUUUGAAUCAAGGCUGCCACUCACGUAACUUUCCGUGUUUAUUUGCAGGUUAGUGUUGUCUGGCUGUAUCAAGGUGAGAAGUUAAGGAACAAAACCUUAGCUUGCACCAUGUUUAUGCCGUUACAGAGGGUGUUUUUAGCAGCUCUUAUGGCUUUGAUACCGGUUAAGGAAUCAUUCUGCACAACUUGCUCAGGUAGGUAUGUUGCUCAUUUUACUGCGAAGAUCAUGUUUGCCGUUUCAUAUCUCCCGACGGGCAUAUCUUUAUCUGCAGUUCAAAAUAUGAUUCAUUUCGUAUAUCCGCAUGGCUAGCUCUCCAGUUUUCUUGAUUAGCUCAAGGGAUAGAGAAGUGCGUCCCGUCAUCGCAAUGCUGUAAUUCUCGGUCAACCCCGUACGGAAUUAUUUCAGGUUAGGUUGUUUUUUAGAGCGACUGAAUUGCUCAGGUAUUGUCUCAGUCUAAUCUGAUCUGAUUAAACGAGUGGAAUACAGUACUCCAAAUAGCUCUUGCAGAUUCAGGCAAGGACCAGAGUCUGAGUGUCAGCGUUUUAUACAAAAAUAAAAUAGUAAUAGUUGAACAGCUGCCCCCGCUCUGUAUAUUGUCGGCUCGUUGUGUAGCUCUUGGAAAUAUACCGAUUCAUAAGGAAGAUUUUCACACAUAUUUCAUACAACAGGUGAGAUAAAUACAGGAAACGCAAGGUUCCAUGCACAGUUUCAGGUCGAUUUACACAGCUCAGGGGCACCCAACGAGAAUAUAGUUUAAAACCACUUAAACAUAGCAUUGUUAAACGUGUUUUAGUAUGUAAACGGUGAAUAUGGGCAUAUUUUUAUCGCCUAUAAAUUUUUCAUCUGUUCGGAUUUCCUAGCUGAAAGUCUAGUGAUCCGAAAAUUAUAGGGAUCAAAACUUACCUGUUCGAAAAUUUCAGCCAGAAAAAAGGCUUCCGAAAAUUCUAGGUGACCUUUUUAGGGUAAAAAUCUGUUGAAAAUGGGCAAUUUUACCAUUUUUUAGAUGUUCUAAAAUCCUAGGAGAGGCACGCAAGCAAGUAAUUUUACAACAAAUGUUCCGAAAAUUCUAGAUCUGAAAUCGUCUUCCGAACAGAUAUUUUUCCAAAAAUUGUCGUUGGGUGCCCCUAACAGCUUUGAUCAAAACAUUCUCAGUUUCUAGAAUAGUUUAUUCUAAACCAUAUAGGAAAAGAUUUAAUAAGAAGUUGAAUUUUUCGCUAUUUCUAAAAAAAUGACUUAUUUUAGGAAAUUUUGCCAUCUAAACAGUUAAUGUAUUAGAAAAAGUAUUACUUUAAUGUUUAUGAGUUUCUCGAAGAAUAAAUUCACGCUUUUGUAGCAAACCUCGGUAACAGAUGUUUCUCUUGGUUUCCGUCCGCCAUGUUGGAACUCAUCCGGGUGAGCACCAGCAUAGUGUCUCCAUACAAAUCUCUAUAAGUUUGGGUAAAACAUUUCUUCGUAUAUCUCGUAUACGAAAUAUUCCUCUGACCUGAACCUUGGCGAGGGUCUUUGUAUAUGUACCUCCUUUCAUUUCCUAGAUUCUGGACUUUAUCUAUUGAACGGUUUUGAUUUUUAUUUUGAUCUAUUUUGAAUGGCGUGACACUGAAAACCAGCAAUUCACACUCGCGCAUUCUAGUCUUAUUUUAAACUUUAUGGCGGAAGGACACCUGUGAGCAGGGAACAAGUCAGCACAGAAUUUGAUUGUCGGCGAAUUUCUGUAAUCGUCCAUCAUUCUGCUACUGCGAAGCUAGCCGUUGUUCACUCGUCUUGCUUGUUUGGGGUUAAGUGCUAUUCCGGUCAAAGAGAGAGAAAGAGUGUCUGGCAAGGUUUCCAAUGAAAGAUUUGUGAACUCGUGUCUGGGAAACUCUCCCAGUGUUUAUUGCGUUGGAGUUACGAGAACGCAACCCCUAAUUUGUGUUGGGUGUUCUGUGCAUUAUUGGGUUCCCUGUUUAAUUAAUAAAGAUUGCAUUUGUCGUCGUCGUCGACUUACGUUUUGCCUCACUUUGACGAACUAACUCACGUGGUGAUCCCUGCGUCCUCAAGCGUUUGCUGAGGUCUUUUAGCUUUCAUCGUUUAAAAGUUUGCUGAAUCUUCUUAAAGCGUACAUAUUUCAAAAGUUUGCUGAAGGUCUACUAUCGAUCUGUGUUUGCUGAAUCUUUCAAAACGUUCAUCUUUCAAAAGUUUCGGCGGCCGUUGUGCCACAAAGUAAAUCUACCGAGAUGUGAAGCUCGCUGUAAGCAGUCCUUACGUUUAAAAUAUGCCAUGAUCAAAUUAAAGCCCGGUUUCCAUAUGAUCGCUACCAUCGCUGUGAUCGCUGCGAUCGCCGAGAAAAAAAAAAUCAGUGAUCGCAACGAUCAUUGCGAUCAUAUGAAACCACUUUCCAGCGGUGGCAGCGACAACAAUCGCUGAGAUGUAAAAAGUUCUAUCUCAGCGAUCGUUGACGCUGCGAUCGCCGGAGAGUGGUUUCCUGAUUGAUCGCUGAAUUUUUUUUUCGCAGUGAUCGCAGCGAUCACAGCGAUCGUAGCGAUCAUAUUGAAACCGGGCUUAAUCUAUCGCAAUAACCAUCCACCCUUCCUCCUCAACUCCUACCUGUACGCCUUACAAACAUAUCGAACGCAAUCUUCUAAGUUCCGAUUACUCCUAGUAUAUACACAGUUAUAUAUACGCACCUUAUAACUUCUUCUGCGCUUAACGAGUGUCGAUAAAAUUUUGGUCCAUAACUUUCACUGAAACAACUGCUCCACAGAAUGUCACUGAUAACACGUAACGCAAAAGAAUGUCGAAGUAUGACUUCACAAUAAAUGUCUAGAAGUUUGCACUCUUCGGUCUUUAUGUCCAGGACACUGCGGCUACCCUUUUUAAUAACCUUCGAUCCUGAUAAUCUUAAACAGAAGUGUGACGAAUUUUAAGCCAUUUAGUUCGCGCAUUUCGUAAAUUCUUAAAGAACCGGGCACAGGCCAGCUUAUCUUAAUUGUAGUUUAAGUUUUAUUCAUACGAUCAUUGUAAACACUUUCUGUUUAAAUCGUUUUUUGGUCUAUUAUUUUUUUCAUAUUAUGUUGUUUAUUGUAAAUAUUUGAUAUAUAUAUAUAUAUAUAUAUAUAUAUAUAUAUACAGGGUUUGCAAAUUUUAUUGAUGAGUGGAGUCAGGGUGACUUCUGCUUCACAAAUUUUGGAGUCAUUUUGGAAUAUUUGGAGUCAAGUAUCACAACGGAAAAAGCAGUUUUAUUUAAUAUUCCUUAACAAGUUUCUCACACUAUUACACUGUUAUAGUGUCUAGUGGCUUGGUGCAUUACAUAUUAAAUUAAUAAUGUAACAAACAACAACAUGUGAGAAUGUCAAAAACUAGCAUUUCUGAUGUUCAGAAGUAAAAUUCAAAAUGAAUGGUCCCUUAUCUUCCUCUACAUGCUUGCUGCCACCUGUGCACACAGGCGGCAGCAAAGUCAUCCAGUUGGGGAGGGCCAUUUGCUUCAAUGCGUGUAAGAUGCUCAAUAGUAGCAUUACUCAACCGGUUUCGUAGUUUGGUUUUCUGUCGAUUUUGGGUGCUGAAUGCCCUCUCACAAUCUGCAUUCGUGACUGGAAUAACCAAAGCUAUUGCUGCAAGCCUAGCAAAAUUAGGAUACAGAUCUUGAUGUUCAGUCAUCAGAAGCUUAGACAUUUCUUUAAGGGAGAGAUGCCUGUAGUUUAGUGCCAUCAGCUGGCGCAAUUGUCCCCAUUCAAACCUAGUUGCUUGUUCAUCAAUAACAGCAGGGACUGGACCAUUCCUGCCAUUUCUUUCCUUUCCAUAGUGGUCCAGCAGCACUUGUAGCUCUUGAUUGCCAUAGAAUGCUGGAUUUGCAGGGCACCUUUUAGGGUUCAAGAUGCCAAGGGCAUCCAAAACGGUCAUAGAAUCAGCUGGGAACCUGUCAUCAAUGUUAUCUACAACUUCCUCAAUGAAUCUCUCUUUUGUUUGGAAGAACGCAGUAUAUCCAGCUGCAGUAACCUUUAUGGCCACAUCCCUGUACUGAAUGUCUACUCUACCAUCAUCUUCAAGUUUUUGUUCAUCAAUUAAGUUGAGGAAUUCUGCAAGCCGUGCACUGGGUACCCUCUGCAUGUCAUUUAAACUUGAUUUGGUUGCUUCGACAAGAGGAUGAAUCAUGGACAAAUCUAGGCUUUGUGCUUGAAAUGACUUGCUCAGUUUAGAAAUGACUUGGAGGAGAUCAUGCAGAAGGGCUGUGAUCGCAACAAACUCAAAUCUUGUUAUUUGAUUGUGCAAUCCCUUCACCUUAGCUGAAUCAGCUGGUGAAACUCCCUCAGCCUCUCCCGAGGCCUGGUCUUCCAGUGUGAGAACCAACGAGUGCCAGAUCCUUGAUACUAUUUCCACAGAGGAGUGAAGACUCAGCCACCUUGUGUAGAUAGGCUCCCGAAGUUGUAGUUCAGGUUCCCCCAGGGUUUGUUCCAUUUCUCUUAAUUUAUUAUAUCUGACUGCAGAGUUGGAAAAGUAGUUAUAGACUGCCAAUAUUUUGUCCUUGUAAUUGGAAACAGGAUAUAUAUAUAUAUAUAUUAUAUUUUUAGUUAUAAGGAACAGAUGGCAUGAAGAGCCACAAUGUGGAAACCCUGUUAUUAAACCGAUUACUUACUUACUUACUUCUUUUUACUUUUAAUAUCUUUUUGUAGUAAACAAGUUAACUUCAUUAAAACUGUACAAACAACAACAAACUUUACUAAUAAACAGAUUAUAUUAUAGAAGCAUUUCCCGCAGCUAGCAAGGCUAUUCGUGGCGGGACAAUGCGUGAAAAAUAUGAAAUUAAGACUAAGGCUAACUAAGGAAAGUUUCAGGUUACAAAUAGAUGAAAUAAAAAUCGUAAUAUAGAUGAAGACUAGAUAACACGAUAAAGAAGAAAGAAUUAAAUAAAUAAAUUGUAAAAAGAAGAAACUACUGGCUAAUAUGCAAGAAUUUAUUUUUCGACAUUUUUGGCUAAUUUUACCUUUUUAAUUAAGGUGGGCGUAUCAAUAUAGACCUAUUCUGAAUUUAAAAUGUCAAAAAGUAACUUGCGGAGUGUUUUUUGGAAUUUAUUCUUCGGGAGAUGUCGGAUGUGACAGGUUAUUUCAUUCCACAGCUUUGCUCCAAAGCGAAAUAAAGACAGUUUAUAUGAUUCUAGAUCGGAACUGUGAACAUAAAAAUUUCCUGAAGCCGAUGCUCUUGCAUUGGUAAGAGUGGCAAGUACUUGUUUUUUUCUUUAAAUAGAUUUAGAAUGCCAGAAGGUGCCUCAUUGUUAUGGACAUCAUGCAUAAAAUUAGAUAUAGUCUGAUAAUAUAAAAAAUUCAAGGGUAAAACGUUGGCGUCAAUGAAGUGAGGUAUUGUGUGUUCGCGUCUGUCCGAGAAGUCUAUUAUCCGAAGAGCUCUUUUUUGUAGCAAUACGGUUUUCUUGAAUUGUUCCUAUUUAUAUUCACGACUAAAAGACGGGAAUGAGUGUGCAGCUCGAACUAUGGAGCCUGAGUGUUUAAUGCCGUCCAAAUAACAUACAAAGUUCAACAUCAUAACUAAAGAAUGGUACACAAAUAUUCCUAAAUAAAGUCACUCAGGCUAAACUAUUCACGUGCGCCGCCUGAUACGAAAACCCAAAAACCCAAUGGGAAAAAAUUGAGAACGUAUUCCCCAACCGAUGCGGUCGCACAACCUCUGGGGGUUAAAGGUAAAAAAUCAAUUGAUAGAUGAAUAAAGUAAGAUAUAAAAAUAAAAGUUGAUAGUUCGAGAGCUGAGAUGAAUACAUAACAACUGUCAAAACCUUAUAUACCUAAUAACAAUAGAGUCAAUUAACGCCAUAGCGGCUCACGUGCGUUAAUACCAAUAGGAAAGUACAUUCUCUGUCACUGCCACUACGUUUAGCUCCGCCGAAUGUAAAUACAUAGAUGUGUCUUUGCUGCUUGGCCUUAAGCAGCAAGUCGAUAUGUAAUAUACGGGUAAAUAAGUGAUUUAUAAAUUUUAAGAAGAAUUUGCCGGGGUACAAAAUGACCCAAUUUCGCAAGUAAGCCAGCCGUUUUGCUGAUUAUCAAUAUGAUGUUUCCAGGUAAUAGAUAAGUUUUUUAUUAAUCAAAAUGCCAAGAUAUUUAAUAUUUUUCUUGGAUUCAAGAGUAGCAUAUUCAUUUUUCCCGUCAUCAAAUAAACAUAUAUUAGGCUGAUAAUUAGGCUUUUUUCCUUUAGGAUGAAAGAUUACAGAAUUGCAUUUACUAAAAAAUAUUAAGAGUCAGCUUAUUAGAUGUUAACCAGUCGUAGAGUUUGCCCAAUUCAGUAUUGACAACCGUUUUAAGAACUUUCAAUUUUUUUCAGCAAAAAAUUAUAUUGGUAUCGUCAGCGAAGAGAUAGAAUUUAAGUUUAGUAGAACACUAGUGGAAAUCAUUAACAUACAGAAAAAAGAGAAGAAAGCCUAAAACGGAAACUUGAGGAACUCCAAAGCUGAUUGUGGCUUUAUUUGAUCUGUGUCGCGUUCCCACGGGUGGAGUUCGCAGUGUUCAACCUGACGCUCCGCGAUUGAUUAAGGUUCGUUUAUUGUAAAAUCGUAGAAGCAUAUUGUGAGAAGUUAUUGUUCCUCCAAGCGUAGAAAAGAAAAGAACGACAAAAUAGCAAAAAUUGAAAUGAAAUAACUCCGUAAAAAAAUUGCGUGUAUUCUCCGAUGAGAUCUGGUAAAACUCUGAGGCUAGUCAACUGUGAUAAUAAUGAUAAAUGUCAAAACUGGUAAAAAAAACUUAGCGAAUUAACCAGAAAGCAACGAGCGUAACGCAAUGUAUGGAUUCACAACUUAUGUGAUCAGCAAUUUGAGUGGUUAGGGUGCGGUUUUUGAGGUAUGAGGAAAACCAUUGGUUGGCUAAUCCACGAAAGCGGUAGAAGUUGAGUUUAUCCGAAGUAGAAUAUUGUGAUCAGUGGUGUCAAAAGCUUUAUUGAGGUCAAUAAACACACCACAAGAGUAUAGACCUUGAUUCAUAUUGGCCUGGAUUGCAUUAACGAUGUCUUAUAUAGCAUGUUGAGUAGAAUGUCCUUUGCGAAAGCCACACUGGGAAGAGAAAGUUGAAUUGUGUUUCUCAAUUGUAUUCAUCAUUCUAGUAUACAUAAGCCUUUUAAAUAUUCUGUUGAAGUUUGACAAUAAAGACAUAGGUCUAUAAUUAUUUGGGUCCUUCUCGUGAUCAGAUUUAAAAACAGGCACAGUUUUGGACAAUUUCAAUUUUGUAGGGUAUCUCCCUAGGCUGAUAGAAAUAAUAAAUAGUUCCGAAAGAACAAGGGCUAUGAUGCCAAUUCAGCAUUUUAGUAGCUUUGUCGGAGAGGAGUAUAAACCGUGUGAUGUUUUACUAGGCAGAGGUAAUAUCUCAGUCUUCGGGCAAUCAUAUGUUAUUGGUUGAAAAAGCGAAGAUGGUAUUGGAGACAUAGUUUUGUUAACAAAGUCGAGAUAAUGGUAGUCUUUACACUAGAGCCUAAAUAAGCUAACAAAUAUUUCAAGACAAGUAAAUUUUAAAUUCUUCAAGUAAAAAAAAGCUUCACACACAACCUAUCUUUUUUGCUUCAGGUUUACUUAAGCAUAUUUUCCCACACAACAUAAUUAAGAUUGAUUGACAUGCUUCGCCUUUCUCAAAGCUUAGAAACCCCAAGUUCGCUAAGUCGGUUUCAAGGAUGGUUUUCAAGUCACUUGAAACUUUCUUGAAUCGUUUCAACUUUCCGACUUUAAUGAGAUGCAAAGUAAAAUUACUUGAGAUUUUAUUUAGGCCUUCACUCGUAUUUUUUGGUUAAGUAAAACUUAGCAGCUCUUAAGUCUUACUUAACAGCCUAGUGUAAAGACAACCAAUGUUGUUGGAAAGAAGGAAUCUUACUUGCGUGUUUACUCCCAACAGACGCAAAAUGUUUAUCGGCAAUAUUAGGAAUAUGUGAAAAAUCCUUGACUAGUUUAUUCUUACAGAUAGGGUCCUUAAUUGCAAUAACAGUGUUGAGCUUUUUCUUACGGCGAAACGAUACCUCAUUAAUACCUGUCCACGUUUUUUUAUUAUUUGACAUGUUGGCUUCAAAGUAAUCACUGUAAUACUUCUUGCUGAUACGUAUUAGACUUGAAAUUUUAUAUUGUCAUUAGAGGUUGUGAUUUUUGUCUCAUAGACUCUAACAAACGUUAAAAUGAAAGUCAAGGUCAUCUAAGAAAGUUAAAAGAUUCUCGAAUUUACAGUUUAAACUAACAAUGUUGUUGUCAAAAGGGAAAAACUGGUUUCAACUUCAUUCUUUGAAAACUUGUCAAAUGAUUUCUUGAAGCUAUGUGGUGUGAAAUACAGAGAAUAAAUCUGUUGAUUAGGAAGGCUGUGGUAGACAUUGAGAUCUGUGUUGAAGUCAGAAUUUAAUUUGAAUAGCUUGAAUUAAAUUGUGUACGCUGGAUAACUUACCUAAUAGUAAAUUUCUCCUAGAUAGUGAGGAGCAAGCAACUGAGUUGUUAGAUGGCCAAGAUGCAAAGCUAAAUUGCCAGUAUAAUUAUAAUAGGGUAGCUCGUUAAUUACAGUUUUACCGUAUUUCUCUAUUGAUUUAUUUCUUGGUGCCUUCAUUUAGUAAAAGUAUAAUGAGAUUAAAUUUAAACUCAGCUUUUUAUUAAUCUUCAUUACUGAUUUCUUGCAAAUCCAUGAUAGAUUUCAAUGUUACAACCACUGAACUUCUCGGAUUUUCUGAGGUAGACAACUCCAUUUUUUGCCUGGCAGAAUUUAAAAGUAUUGUCUCUUUUAAACCUGUUACUCUCGUAGAGUAGUUCCUGGAGUUAAAUGGUUUAAACACAAAGUGAGUGACGUCCACGCUACCUGGAAAAUCCAGUUCUGCUGCCGCUAUGCUCGACGCUUCAUUUCUUUUAGCUAUGGCCCUUUUCCUUGGCAAUCUUUCGAACGAAUUUACAUACCACAACAUUCGGUCUGUUAGAAGCAGUGCGAAAAGGAACCCGAUAUCAUUUACACUAACAUUCUCGACCCCCACGACAGAAAAAAGUUUCAGACAGAGAUGUGUUGUUUGCUCGGAGGUUUCGUUCUCUGCUACGGUCGGCAAUCCAACGAUUUUAACGUUGUAUUGUUAACUAUGAUCUUCAAAGGCGUUAAGAGGUUUCGUAAUGCGUUCGCACUUUAUGGACAUCUUAUUAACUCUCUUUGUCAGCUGCUGGAUUUGUUUAGUGACAGCAGUUUAAGAAGAAGUAAAGUCGUCCAACUGAUCAGAUAUUCUACAAAAUGUUCUUUGCCUGGUGACAUUUCCCUCGUCUUCUUCUGCCCAGUUUGCUGCUGCGCUUGCGACAUGUCGUCAGUGAUUUUCUUCAAUUGAUUCUGUAGAUCUUGAAUUUCUUUUCGUAACACUUGGUUUUCCUUCCUUAGUUUCCUUAGUUUUUCCGGCUAGCUUUCAUUUUAAAAGACAAUGUAAAUUUUGUUUUUAACCUUUCGAAUCAUCAUAAUCUUUAUCAUCACCAUCACCAUCGCCAUCACCAUCAUCAACACCAGCAGCACCAUCACCAUCGCCAUCACCAUCAUCAACACCAGCAGCACCAUCUUCAACAACAUGACCAUCAUCAGCAGCUUCAGCUUCAGCAUCAGCAUCAUCAGCAGCAGCUUCAGCAUCAGAAUCAUCAUCAACAUCAGCAUCAGAACCAUCAUCAACAUUAACAUCAGCAGCAUCAGUAUCAGCUUCAGCACUGGCAUCAUCAACAACAUCAUCAGCAUCAGAACCAUCACCAUGAUCAUCAUUAUCAUCAACAUCAACAACAUCAUCGUCAUCAGCUUCAGAACCAUCAUCAUGAUCAUCAUUUUCAUUAACAUCAACAUCAUUAUCAGCAGUAGAAGCAUCAGUUUCAUCAUCAUCAUUAUCAUCAUUAACAUCGUCAUCAACACCAUCUUUAUUAUUAUAUGAGAAGUUCGCACAGAGCUCGAUCUAUUCUUAGGAAGAAACUACUCGGGCCACAAAUGUAAUAAUUUACCGGCAAAAAUGCAGUAAAGCCUUCAAAUGCAAUGAAAACCGUACUUACCUAAAAUCAUGUCGCCCUCGAACAAGCGUCGCCCUCGCCGCACAAGAAAGUCGAAAGUGCCUCGUAGCCGCAUUUCCCAGUAACAUUUGGGUACUUAAUAAGAAAGGGGAAUUAAUACGCCUCUCUUUUCCAGGUCAUUGAAGUGUAUCAGAAAGUCCUUGUUGAAAAUAAUGACCUUAAAAGAAAGAUGGGCGUGUCUUCUAAACAUGAAAAUCUCUCUCAUAAGUCAUUUUUUAGAGACUUUAAUUCUAUUUUCCAUAUCUUUGGUGCUCAGUUUAAAAACGACUUGUCUGAUUUCCUUUAAAUAAAAACAUUUUUAUAACCCGCUUGACAUCGACAAGUUAUCAACUUACAUAAGAGUAAAUUGAUAAGUAGCUAGAGUGCGUAAUGGAGACGUGUGAAAUUAGGGUAUAUUUUCACAAGUGUGGCAUUUGAUUACCUAUUAAUAUCAUGGGUGAUGAAUUACGUUCGCAAUCGUGAAAUUUUGUCAUGUUAAUCCUGAUUUAUCGUGUGGAUCAAGAAAUCCACACACGCAAAAGUUCACAGUUCAAAUUUGGCUUAAGUUCAGAAUUUUCAGACUUUUUCGAAAAAAUACCUGUUAGAAUAUCCUUUAAUGUGCUCUUUCGUGUGUUUAGGUUUUCUAAAGCGUCUUAAAAUGCCCUGGCAUCUUCACUGAUUUUAUAACAGUUUAAAACUUUGUCGCCAUCUUGGCACUGAGGCGUACGGAAGGUUGCCAUGGCAAUUUUGUUAUUUUACAUGUGAAAUUAUAAUACUAAUUAACGCUGAAUUUUCGCGCCAAAAUUAAGAAGUAAUUUAUCGCCCAUGAUAUUAUGAAUAGAAACAAGUACAAAUUUCUUCUUUAAGUUUAUUCUUCCAAGAGAUAUGCAUUGCUGCUUGCCAUUUGCCUUGUAUUACUAGCUUGUCGUUAUGAAAAAUACACCGGCCUGUGAGAACCCCUGUUCAUUGCCUAAGAAAUGUGGCGCAAAAACCUAUCUGAUGUGUCGACCCGUUUUAAAGAACAACGCAGUGUAGCCGAAAUCCCCGUUUUUAUGUGUAAACAAAAGCUCCAUCUUUAUUCGAUAUGGAUUCUGACUUCACUAACAAGAGACAUACAAAGUGAAAAGUUUAUUUAGGAUGCUUCAGUCAGCCAUCCGAUACCAUUGGGUGUAUCCAAGUUAAGUUACACCAAUGCCAUAGCUGUAGCAAAACACUAUCAUAUGUUCUAGGCUAGAACAUGUGACACGCCAGAUACGAAAGAACCACUAAAAACCACCCUUGAGAGGUGGUCAGAAAAUCUGUGAAAACAUAUUCCUCUACUAAUGCAGUGGUACGGAACCCCGGGGAAAGGGCUGAAGCCAAAACAUAGAAGGCGAAAUACUUUAUUACAAUAUAGGCCAGUCCAAAAAGAACUAAUUCCAAAGGAGCGCAGGAUCAAAUGCCUAAAUGCCUAAACCAGUACCCAAACACAGUUAUUCCGAAUUCGAAAGAAUAUGAGAUCCACUGGAAAAUAAACUUUACUAAACUAGCAGUAACCGUCGGUUAGGAAGUGCUGGCGAACAUGUGGGUUUACCUUGGAGAUACGAUUGAUGAAAACCCGGCUUUCAUAUCAGAGAAGGCCCUUCUAGUUCCAGUCAACAAAAGGAACCUCGCCAGAUGGUGAACGUGGAAAAUGGAUUGAACAACACAGUAAACGCGAGUCAUAUUUAUUUAAUUCAACGAUUUUAUUCACAGUUGCUUGGACACAAUAAUCAGCCUGUGAAUGGCGAGAAGCGAGGAGAGAAUACAAACACCAGCGCACUUCUUAACCGUGCCGUCAGAAUAUUAGUUUCUUACUAAUUCGCUCCCAUGUCUCUCAAACGUCAGAUAUUAACUUUCUUGAGUCGGCACAUCAGCUGUCUUGAUUAGUGCAGCAAAGGGUUAAGGGAGUGGAUUCAUUUUUAGCCUGAUUGGCGUUUAGCCGUUGCAUUGUUCAUUGGAAGUUUUUGUUGUUGUUGUUGUUUUUUUUUUUUUCAACUUCAAGUAUCAAUAGGCCAUUUCAUGGUUCGUAAAACUAUCAGUUUCAAAGUGAAGUUUUGAGAGCAAAAACUUUCUUGUGAAAUCUGAUAAUAUUUAUUAGCAUGAGAGGGCGAAUGCGACGACUGCUAUACGAGUUUGCUGCGAAUGAAUUCACACUAAAACAGUUCUCACCCUCACUGCCGUUGCAGCUAGCGCCACGUUUACAAUACGAGGCCGGUUACUUGAGGAAAUUGUCUUUUUUCAGUUCCUGAAAUCCGUGUGAAGCCAAAUGCCAAUGGUUCUUUUUAUGCUAUCGAAAAGUCAGAUGUAAAGUUUUCCUGUAACAUUCGACGAAAAGGUCGAGAAGUGUACCAAGUGCACUGGGAGAAGGACAAUAAAACACUCCGAGCAGCCGACCAUAAACAAGUGACUAUCGAGCGGCGAUGGUUAAAGAUAAAGAAUGUCAAGAGAGACGACGCUGGUCUUUACUCGUGUAUUGUUCUGAACAAGUGUGGAGGGUGGAACGUUGUUCACAUUCGCCUGUAUAUCCGAGAAUGUAAGUACAGUAUGUUGUGUACCUCAAAACCCUAUUCAAACCGUUGGUGGGGGAGCGCUUUAGAGGACACCCUCGCUUAAAUUUGAAUAACUUCAAAACCGUUCAAGUUAUGACCGCCAAACUCAGUGAGUUUUCCUCAAAUUUAUCUGAGAACAUUUUAAAGUCGUCGUGACGUAUACGUCAAAAUUGAUGUUAACAUAGCAACCGAAUUUUGACAGCCUAUUUUUCAAAAUCUGCUUUUCUCUUUAAAAAAUAUAUAUACACAUAUCAAAUUUUCUGUCAGGAUAACCUCUAUUUUUGCGGAUUUUGAGGAAAGUUCCAGUUAUUUCUUUUAUUACAAAUAUCGGCAUCAUGAUAUUUUUGCUAAUAAUGUGUUAGCUAACUUCUUACUUUUAUCAGCCACCUUAUCAUGAAGUAUUUUUCCUCUUGGUGGGGUGGGGAAUGACAGGGUAUUCUUGUUGUUCUCAUUAUUCAGUCCAGGUUAUCAGGGCAUAUUUAUGUCAAUCAGGUGAGCCAGCUUACUUUACAGUGUGACUACUGUAACCCGGGCACUUAGGCACUUAGGCAAUACAUUUCAAGAAUGUUGGUUGUGGGCCAAUUAGCAGCUCGUAAAAAACAAUAAGUUACUCCAAGAAAUAUUCAUAGCAAACGUUUUUCAAGAAAGCAAACUGUUUUCCCCAGACAAUGUUUUUCUAUUCGUAAAUUUACUAUUUUAGGGGGGACUGGUUAAAAUUUGGGGGAAAUGAUGUUGAUUUGGAAAGGAAAUAUAUGAGGGUAGAAUAGGCAUACACAUAAACCAGUUAGUCCGCUAAUGGGAUCAGAGGCAACUUGUUGAGGUGGCGGACUAUCUGGUAAUUGUCUGCUACUAAUUAUUUACUUCAUAUUUCAAUUUUUAACAACCCCCAAAUCCAAUAUCUUCCCUUUUUCUCGAAAUUUCAAACAUUCCCCCUCUAUUCUAAAUCUUAGACAUUAAAAACAUUCGACAAAUCAUCCAAAUAUUCACAAAUAAUUAUUGAACUAAGGUCUGUAACUUAAUUGAGUCACUUUUUGAUUGAAUUAAAUCUUGGCUAGAUAUUUAAUGUUAAGAGAAAGGGUAAAAAUCAACCAAAAAUAACGCUUUUAACCAGACUGCGCCCCCCCCCCCAGCACUUAGAAUACAUUACUUGUUUGACACAAGCUGUUAUUUAGUGAUCUACCCGCAAUUUCUUCCCUACCAUUGCCGCGCUUUAAAAUAACAUGCGACGUCAAGCCAAAAUUAUUAGUAACGUUUACGCUUUUCGCCUCCCUCAUCACUCUAACGGACCUCUCAGGAGACACCGGCUUUGUUCGGCGCGUUCAAAAGUUCUUCUUGUCUGUAGGUUGUGACUGGUUGAUUUCGAUCCAUGUUGUUUAUUUCGUUUUCUGGUAAUUAUGGCUGACAACUAACUUUCUCGGAAUGUAUUGCUAUUUUCCUGUAAUCCAAUUGGUCAACUUUGUCUAAGUGGCCCCGGUUAUAGUAGUCGCAGGUCGCUUUCCAUUCAACAAAAAUUCCGGUUUGAAAUUUCGGAAAUUCCGCUUGCCCGAUGGAACGGUACAUUCCGGUCGCAAAGACCCGAACCAAGAAGCCACCGAGCGUUUGGUUAUUGUUCUUGUCAACAGGAUGCCACAGAGCGGUACAGGGGACAACAAUUUUGUCAAAUGGAAAGGGACAUUUCGGUCCGACCGACCGAAAUGACCAGAAAGGUCAAAGAGGUUCACCUUCAAAGCUGGUCCCCAAUAUUCCGGUCGAACCAAACCGAAAUGUCCGGAAUUUUGGGUUGAAUGGAAAGCCCCCGCACUGUAAGUUUUGGCUUAGCUUAUGCCUCAUUGGCAUAUACUUUUUGUGACUCACUGUUGGGAAGGCAUGAUGAAUACCGAUAAACCUUAAAUGAAAUAUGACAUUUGAACUCGUAUAUGCCACACUGUUGGCAAAGACGAGGCAAAGCCUACGAUCUCUCCUCUUCCCCGCAGCCAUAUAUACAGGUGGGAAUCUAUUAGCUCUCAGACGCAAGCAACUCUCGGUAUUUUUGGUACGUUGUAAUUUGUCCAACAAAAUGUUGGAGUUGUUGUUGUUGUAAUUACAAUACAGACGAGAUCUUGCGUUGCCCGCUGCUUUCCGCGGUUUUUGUAUUGUGAUGGCAGUUUUGUCAGUCGCUUUUGACUCUUUGAAAUUGUUUUAAAGUUUCUGACUAUGAUUAUUCUUUUUUGUUUGAUUGUUGUUGUUGUUUAAAGUGCUGCCUACACCUACAGUGAACAGAAAUUUAACAUCAGGUAAGAAUAGCAACGAGUAGGGCACUUCCUUAUAGCUUAACAAGCAGGCAAUGGUUUUUCUUUUAACACAAACACCAUUCGCUUUCUUCUUAUAGCGGCCCCGAGGUUUACUCUGUCAAAACUCAAUCUACAAAGAACACUGUUAGCCCUACCGGUCGGUAACUCAGUAAAACUUGACUGUUCCGCGAAAGGAUAUCCUCACCCCACGAUAGCAUGGUACAAGAACGGAAAACCCUUUAACGAGAGAAGAGGACGUUUGCUAUACUUGGAUGGAAAGUAUGUGUUCCGUUUAAAAGACGUGGUACCGUCAGAUACUGGAACAUACACCUGUAACAUCAGUAACCAUCUUGGAUGGAUCAACCAUUCAUACUAUGUUGACGUGCAUGGUAAGGUGUUGCUUUGACUCACAUGAUCUACAGCCACAACCCCUCUUAUCAAGAGCUUCAUUGCUUGGGGAGGGAGAGGUAGGGGAGGCGAGAGAGGAAAGGGCGGGAGUUGGGAGUUCUAUAAGUAUGGGAAGCAGGAGAAAUAGGAAGGAACUAUGCAGUAAUGCUUUAUAUUUUUUAAUCGAAAAAAACGGCUAAAGGGAGGAAGCUAAAAAGGCGGUUGAAGCCGGGAAUGCAAGGUAAGAGAGAAGGGAGCAUUUGACAUGACUCCCCUGCCCGCAGGAGAGGGCAGGAGAGUCAUACUCUAGCAGUUAUGGUAGAAGGAGAUGAAAGUAGCCGGCCAAGGAUGGCUAACUAGCAGGCCGUUUUGGCCGGCUACCGGCCCUUAUUAACAGCCCUGUGUAUGCUAGCGACCUCAACACUAAUAUAUAGAUUUAGCCAGGGAUAAAAGCGAAGCUCUCGAUAAUUUUAUAUUUUGCUCAAACAAAAUAUAAAAUCGUGUAAUGUUAAGCGGCGAAGGCAACGCCGGAGAACGGUGAAAAACAACAAUAUGUCUAAUUAGCAAAAAAGCAACUUUGCUCGUGCAGCACGCUUUUUUUGUACAUUUCUUUGCCGUUGUUUUGCACGACCACAACGUUAAACUUCCCGGCAGAAACUUCUUAGUUACACGUUUUAUGGAGAAAAUGUCAUACUUUUUCUCGUUCCCCUUUAUAAUAAAGUUCUUACUUACUUACUUACUUACUUACUUACUUACUUACUUACUUACUUACUUACUUACUCAAAAACAAUCUAAAAUUAACACUUCAAAGCUGAAGAAAUUCGAUUUUGUGAAAAAAGUGCUUUUGUCUGCAAAAUGACUUCACUUUUACAUGAUUGUGUAACUCAGUUUCACAAACAUUUACAGUCCAUGGCGAACUGGAAGAAAAAAAUGGCCGUUUCAUUUUGGACACUCCUUCAGUCGAGUCUAUUGUGCAUAUAUAUGCAUGAAGUCCUUCAGCUUGUCAUUACUUAAACGAUACUCUCAUAGUAUGACCAUCUUUUUUUUCUCUUUCGUACACAUAGAACUAGUCCGUGCCAAGCCAGUUGUCAUUCCGAUGAUAAACGCAACUGCUUUUGUUGGCGGAAGUGCCACGUUGCUUUGCAGGGUAUAUAGUGAUACUAUGCCUCAUUUCCAUUGGCUACGAUGGUUUCCAAUGCAUUCCAACAGCUCUGGUAACAGCACUGAAGGCAGCAAAUUUCAUUAUGAAGUCAUAAAACAGAACCAGCAAACUUCCAUUAAUUGGCUUAGCACUAGCAAUAGCAAGCCUGGUUUCCAUGAAGUCCCUUUGACUUUGGAUAACGUUACAAAGAAAAGUGAAGGAAAGUACACUUGCUUUGUGGGAAAUGUAUUUGGUUAUGCUGUGGGGAACGCUUACAUAAUAGUUCACGAAAUGAUCGGUAAGUGGUUCCCCAUAAUCGUAAUUAUAAAAAAAAAGCGGUCAAACAAGCGAAACUUAAUCUAUCUAAUCCUUCCCCAGCAGCAAUUCAACGCCCAACGGGACAGUAGCUCGGUCGAAUGAAUUUAGUAAUGAAUUCUUACUAUAGCUCUUUUAAAGAACGCUCUAACUAUAUGCUAUUUUCUUCUCAGUAUACAUUCAUACGGCCCAGGAGCCUACGAUGGGCUCCUAUACGGCCUGAGCCUCGAGAUUAUCUCUUGGCAAAGCAAGGCCUAAAGCAUAAUCAUUUUAUUUUAAAAAUGAGUAUUAAAAUUUACUUGUGAACAGACAGAUAUUUUCAGGGAGUGUAAGACAGAAUUUUCACACUCGUCAAUGACACCCUUUUGCCAUGGUUACGAGAUAGCCGUUAUUGGUGACAUGAGGUCUAGUCACAGAGCUAUUUUUCAGCAAAAAGUGAAUUUUUCGUACUUCUCUGCACAAAAAUUGCAUUGAAAACAGAAGCAAAAUCACUGAGAUUAAGUUAUUUAUCUUACAUCUAGUAAACCAUACAUAGUCAUCAGUUAGCCUGGGAAAACAGGUUUGCUCGCGAAAUUACGUCGGAGAAACGAGCACAGAAAUUCCACACUUGUGAUGCAGGGGCGGAUCUAGGGGGAGGGUGCAGGGGGUGCCCCCCCCCUUGAGAUGACCUGCGGUUUUCUAACACAACUGGUAUUCUGCCAAAAAAAACACUAUAUGGUUUGUUGAUGUUGAAGUAGAGCAAGAGACGAGUACACCCCCUCCUAAAAAAAAUCCUGGAUCCGCCCCUGUGACGUAUCACUACCUACACAGAUCUGUGUAGUGGCGCUUCUGAUUAGUUGAAGAAAAUUUUCCCCGCGCAUGACCAAUCAAAAGCAACACCCAAUUCUGGCUAAUGAUACGUCAUCAGUAUGGAAUUUCCACAGAUAUUUCUGUUCCUCAGACGGCAUUUCUCAAGUACACAAACGGUGGCGUCGCGAAGUUAGUGGAGUGAUUUCAGUUUUACUGGCGAAAGAAGGAUUGAAACUAUCCACCAGUACUACUACUACUCAUGAUUUACAGGUUUUCUAGCAGCUCUUCUUCCGACAACGUUUGUUUGAAAAAGCUGUAGCCAACGAAGAAAUACUUCUACGUCAGGGUGCAAAUUUACGAAACCCAACACAAGGGUGGAUUUCCACUGUCGCGAACAUUUCUACGUACGUAUGCGCGUAAAUAAAAUAGAGGCAAUGUAUGAAAGGUCACUCAACUUUUACAUUUAAGCGCGACCUUUAAUACAUUGCCUCUAUUUUAUUUACGCUGGUAAAAAUUACGCGGCAGUGGAAAUUUACCUUUAUCGUCUAACGUCAUAGUCUUCGGCUAAUGUUGCCCGUUCAGAAGUUAGUGAUUUUUAUUGUUUGAUGAGAGCAAGAGCGCUGUUGGAAGCUGUUGGAGGAACAGAUCCAGUUUUCUAGCAGUAACGUCAACCUCUAAGGUUCUGAACCUUAAAGGUCCUCUUAAUAGGGAAGUUCCAUUGUAAUCUACCCAACUCUCGUUAGUCUACACCAAAUUAAUUAGUUGAGGAUCUUUUUCAAUAUCCCAACAUCUCUCCCUUCUUUUAUAUCGGUAUAGUUUAUAAUGAUGAUAAUAAUGAUAAUAAUAAUUUAAGUAAUAAUAAUAAUAAUUUUUUUGAUAACAAUGAUAACUAUUAAAAUCUUAUUUACAAUUAAUUCACUUAAAAUAAACUAUUUCGUCAAAAGACUAUUUACAAUUCCUUUCGUUAGAAAAACACAGUUUUGAUAAGAAAAAAAUUGAUCACAUUAUUAAAACAAAAAUUAUUCAAAUUAAGAACAUUUCAUUUCAAUUAAAACAACUCAUUUCGAUUAAAAAAAGAAGAAACUAUUUUCAAGGUCAAUUGCAUUCUUACUAAGACAAUCACUUAAAAAAAUCACAAAAAAAGGGGAAAAUUAGAUAGCGUUCACAAUGUGUUAAUGACGAAUAUUUGCCAUUUAAAAGUAAGGAAACACAUCACUAGUCCGAUUAAAUGGCUCCUUCAACAACUUCGACGUCAAUAAUAAUAAUAAUAAUAAUAAUAAUGAUAAUGAUAAUAAUGAUAAUGAUGAUGAUGAGGAUGAUGAUGAUGAUGAUGAUAUUAAUGAUGAUGAUGAUAACCCAUUAAACACAGCUUCUGGAUGGCUUGCUGGAGUCUCCCUUAAACAUUAAGUCAUUGCCCGUGACCUUAGGUGUCUAAGACUUUGCGAAGGAUUCUGGCUAUACCCAGUAAUUAAGCACGCUCUCUGCAAUGAUUCUGAUGAUCCUUUCGAGACAGUUUCUAUUGCAGUUAUUAUUGGGCCAAUUAUGACUGGCACCAUAGUUACUCUGCGCAAUUUCAAGAUCCGUUUCAACUCCCGCUUAAGGCCGGUCUUAUUAUUAUUAUUAUUAUUAUUAUUAUUCAUUACUAUUAUUAUUAUUUAUGACCGGAUAAGCUAGGCCAUUAGCUAGUCCAUGCUACAAAUUAGAUCAAUACAUAAUGCGUGAGGGCACUAAGAAAUUGUUUGUUUUCCAUGCAGUCGAAAUUCUUAGCGAAGACGGAAGUACCUCCACGACCUCAGCAACAAUUCCGUCUCUAAAUGGUAAGAAUAGGUUAAAUUCAAUGAGAUAUUUAGUAACACUGUGAGUGAAUUUUUGUCUAUUUGCAAUGUCAUCACAACUUCUGCGGCACCAAGGAAACGUUAUGCCAGUGCGAGUUCGUAAUAUACCCGAUGGGAAUUGGGAUGGAAAUUGCCGUCAGAUUUAAAUUAAAGUAAAGCAAAAACUGUGAAUAGUUACUCAUGCAUUUUUGCAUUUGCCAAAGAAUUAUUACUUGUGCAGUCAAAAAUUGUCACAGAAAUGAUUCAGUAGUGCUGUUUGCGUAGUUCAUUCUUCACUCUUGGCUUUAAUUUCCUCGGUCCAUAUUGAAAGUACUUGUGGAGCUGAGGUCUAGAAAGAUCUAAGUCCUCAAGGCGAUCGCGAGUUUCUGUAAAAUCUUUCUGCAAAUUACUGACGUAAAUUCCCUUCCAACUAUAAGCUAGCCCAAUCGAUUUUGAGACGCAAAUUUCCCCCGCAGUAUAAGUCUAGCCGAUUUUGAAACACAAAUUUCCCUCCGUAUUGAAGCCCCUCCGAAUAUAAGACUCUCCAAAAAUAAGCCUCUCAAAAGGGCCUUUGAAAAAUAUAUGCCCCGGGGCUUAUUUACGGAAUUUUACGGUAUGUCAAACUUAAUUGAUUCAAACGUCGAUUGGGGAUUAGGUCCGGUACAUGAAAAGAUCGAAGUUUGAACUGGGCUUAACGAACUCGGCACAAUUGCCUCCUCCCCUGUUGGCUUGAUUAGUUCAAUGGAUAGAGCGUUGCGUCCGGUCAUCGCAAAGCAGUGGCGGAUCCAAAGGAGGGGCCCGGUGGGGGGCGCCCCUUAUAUUUAGACCAAACUGAGCCCCCUUUCCCUUAUCUCAAGGUGAGGAUCUGGCACUGCAAAGAUCAGGGUUCAUUUCCCGGUCAGGCCUGACUUUUUCAGCCACUUACUAUAGGUUGUUUAUUUAAUUUAACCGUGAAGAUCAUUUUAUUUUCAUAUCUUUAUCCGCAGUUCAAAAUCAAGUAUGAGUCAUUUCAUAUCUUUCCAUUAAAAAAAAAAAGAAAGUGGGUUAGGUGAAUUUACAAGAGUCGAAAUGCUGCUAUUAUGGUACCUAUUGUAGGUCACAAGCAAAUAAACAUGCAUGCAUAACCUCCGUUCAGAUGAAAAAGUAUUGAAGUCGUUCUUAGUUCUAUUUUCUGUCUUGAACAGAUUCGACCGAAGCUGGUGGUCAGAAAAGAGAGAGGCCUGCAGAGAAGAAAAGUUGGAUUGAUAGUUUAAGAUACCCCUGGCUCUUGAUUGGACUUUUGGCAACUGUGAUUAUCACUGUUAUCACCUUUCCUGCUUGGUUUUGCUGGAAGCUUAAGAAAACUCGGGCCUCAUCGCCACCUGCUAUUGCUUCGCUUAGACCACGAUACCACGCCCGGAAUGAGUACGUCGUUGUUCCAGAUUUCAAAUGAAAUCAAUUAAUUAUGAAGAUUCAUAUGUGUUCAUCUGGACAACGAUUUUUGAGACAUUGUGCCUCCCGCAAUAUAUUAGUCGAAAGUUGGAACACAUGGAGUAGCCGUACGUACCUUCGUUAGAAGAUUCUAGGACACGCCUUUGUCGUAAUAUCUAAAUCGUAAGGAGGUCUUUGAAAACACAACGUCCCAAAAUCUUUUUGGGCAAUACUUGCUGCUUCGAACAGUUAUUUUUACAAAAAUGUUUGUUGCGCCCCUGAUAUUAGUUGGGUAAACGCAAUUUUAACGAUGCUCAUCUGUAGUUACUGCACCUCUUUUUUCAUCGGCUACUGGCCUCACUAAACACUGUAAAUAAAAAAGAUCGUUUCUAGCCCUAAAAAUGAUUGAGGUUGUUUCGUUGAGUAAAAUACAGAACCAUUUUUGGAGUUGGCUCCCUUAAUAAGGGCCAAUGCAGUCGAAUUACUUAAGAUUGAUUUUAGACCCACGGGGUAAAAUGAGCCCUAGCAUCGACCGGAAUUGACAUUUGAUGGGGCUUUUUUGGUGAACUGUGCUCAAAUUCAAAUGGCUCCAAAAAAGACUAAAUUAGACUGAGGCCUGCAGGGUAUUAAAACUGGCUUUUAGUUUUGGCGACUGUGCCACAGGGAACCCAGACUCGCAACAGCCCAC